CUGGCGCGCAGCUGCCAAAGUGACCUUGUGGGUGGAGCUUCCGCCACCAGCUAGACCCCCUCUGCGCAUCGCCCAGGGUCAGCACUCCUCCGAGGACACGCACUUCCUGCAAGGCCUCUGUGAGCAGCUCCGCAGAGCCGAUCCGAGCCCAAGACCUUCCGAGCGAGUCACCAUGGUGGAUGAGCUGGUGUUUCUUCUGCACGCGCUUCUGAUGCGACACCGCGCCCUGACCAUUGAGAACAGCAGGCUCAUGGAACAGCUGAGGCUGCUGGUGUGUGAGCGGGCCAGUCUGCUGCGCCAGGUACGUCCGCCCAGCUGUCCGGUGCCCUUCCCCUCACCGUUUAACGGCGAGAACGCCCGGCUCCCCGAGUUUAUUGUGCAGACGACGUCUUACAUGCUUGUGAAUGAGGACCGCUUCUGCAACGACGCCAUGAAAGUGGCAUUCCUGAUCAGCCUCCUCUCCGGGGAAGCUGAGGAGUGGGUGAUGCCGUACAUCCAGACGGAUAGCUCCAUUCUCUGUGAUUAUCGGGCGUUUGUUGAUGAGAUGAAGCAGUGUUUUGGCUGGUAUGACAACGAAGAUGAUGAUGAUGAUGAUGACUGAAGUGGGUGAUUACUAGGCCCUGAACCCCCUUAGGCCUACACAGGGAGGACCCUGCACGCUGCCUCCCCCCCUACCCCACCGCUACUCCUGCUGCCUCCAUGCUCUCCUUUGCAUUGCCAUCCUCUUCCCUGCCAAUCACUUCGCUCCUUCAUCCCUUUUAGUGCGUGUCUUUGUGCCAGUUACCUGCUGCAAGUGCUUGAGCUGGGCCUGGGCCUUGUUCUGAAGUUCAGUGUUCAACUUUAACCAAUACAGGCACCCUUCUAAUCUGUACUGUGUUUUGAGCUCCAGCCAUUAUCCAGGCCUGUGUUAGAACUGGUCAGAGCACCUGCAUUCCUGCAGCUUGUUUCCACUGGAUCACCUUCCUACAUCUGCUCAAAAGUGGAUGCCUGUCACACCACCCCCCCACCGCAUCUCACCUGCAGCCAUCUACUUUUGAAGAUACGGACCAAGAAGAUGAUGGCGGAGUUGGCUACAUCUAUUCAGACUCUCAUUUGGACAGCUCACCAACCCUCCUUUGAAGGGGCCAGACUCACAGCGUGGUUUGUUCUGUACCUACUUCCAGGUUCCUCCUCUGCCGGACCAGAUUGCUGCAGGAGCCUGAUGUGCCUGUCUGACAGUUGAAAUGUUGACAUUUCUUUUCUUGUAUGCAUCGGUUUUGCACAGCUGUCAUUUUUCUUUCAGAAUUGCAGCAGCCUCACAGAUGUGUACAUGUGGACAAGUAGUACUAAAAUAAAAAACGAGCCAACAGUCAUUCAGCCCAGAUCCUCUCUAGUACCUGGAAAAGGCAAUGGCAUUCUUUUCAAUAAAUAUCAAGCAUUGCAAAACUAGAAAAAAAA